AUGCGUGUUUUGUUUUUUUGUUACUUUAGACCCAAAUACCUAUGCGUGAAUGCUGAUGAGGGAGAACCGGGCACCUGCAAAGAUCGCGAGAUCAUGCGCCAUGAUCCACACGCUCUCGUUGAGGGCUGCCUGGUUGCUGGUGUGGGCAACGAUGCGCAAGCCGCCUACAUUUACAUCCGUGGUGAAUUCUACAAUGAGGCCUGCAUUCUGCAACAGGCAAUUAAUGAGGUAAUCUUUCGUUUGCGUUUUUUAAAAUCUUUGCCAGCCAUUUAA